UUGUUUAUUGACGUUUCCGCUGCAGUGUUUCAUAACUCAUCGUUAAACUUGUUUGUUUGAUACUUUGCAUUGUCACAGGAAACGGUCAACAACCGUGACUGUUUUAAACACCACGGGCUAUACAUUUACAACUUUCUUUUCAUCAAUGACACUUUAUGAACGCAGGUGGAUUAAAGAAUCCGUGCUCUUGUGCGCUGUUUAGUGUAACGGCAUGUCGUGAACGAGGGAAGCACGCCCCCUUAGCAAGUGCGCGGUCCCGUGACUUUCCCGUUAAACCUGGUUGAGGUAAACUGUUACUCUCGGCCAGAGCUCCGAGGACACGACAAAUCACAGUUGUACACUCUCUCUUCGCAGGGUCAUCGUGGCAUAACAGCUAGGAGCGCUUCUGGAACGGGAAAGAACGCCUAAGUCAUUUUAUGGAGGCUUGCGGGACGCAACGAAACAUUUCUUAAAGUGUUUGGCACCGAGGAUAUCAGUUCAGAUCCCCUUUCAUCCGGAGCAUAGUCUUGUUUGGAUUUCAGCCUGUUUGAAAUGUGGCGUUAUGUGACCGAGAUAAAUGUGCUAUGUGUGUGAUUUGGAGUGGAUCUUGUGGAAGGUGUCCAGUGGGAAAGAGACUGGGUGGACUCGUCUGCAAUUGAUCCCCGUUUUCUGAGCGCAAUGGACUUGGAAUGAAGACAAAACAUGGAUAUAAUCUGGGAAAUAUUUCUUAUCUUUCAAGUCAAUCUCAUCGUUUGCACUUCAGCUCAGCCGAAUCCCCCCAAAAUCCACGAGGGAUGGUGGGCUUACAAAGAAGUUGUUCAGGGGAGCUUUGUUCCAGUGCCAUCGUUCUGGGGGCUGGUAAAUUCUGCAUGGAAUCUGUGUUCUGUGGGGAAGAGACAGUCUCCAGUCAACAUUGAGACAAGCCAUAUGAUAUUUGAUCCCUUCUUGACACCACUGAGGCUCAACACUGGCGGACGAAAGGUAAACCAUGUCUUAUGUGAUGUCUGCAUGGCAACAGUGUCAGUGCGGUGAGCUGCCUGCCUGGAAAAGUAAACAUUAUUUCUAGUGUCAAAAUGCUGUGAUCAACUGUGAAAAUGCUACUUUAGUGAAAAAAAUAAAAUACGAAAAUGCAUCUAGGUCAGUGGUUAUGCAAGAUUCAGAACAGUUAGGAAAGUAAAUGAUGGUGCUUAGUUUGAAUCGCUAUUUUCCACUGCUGUUUUUACUGUAGCUGAUAUCCUUCACCGUGUCAUGCUAAACUCCAACAGCAUUUUUUAUCAUUAUUAUACAUGCAGCUCUGACUUCAUAUCAUUCGAGAUGCAGGACGUUUUAAAAUGAACUAGAUAUAGAUACACUGGAAGAAACAAGAAACCAUUUUCACUCAGAAAUUGCUAGUAAAUGUCACAGGCAUUUACAACUACGCACUUUGAAUUAAACAUGCCUGUAUUUAGAUAAAUUGUGUUUGUAAAAAAAAAAAAAAAAAAUCCAUGAGCACAUUAUGCAUCAACU